AUAUCAGACAACAAAUAAUAGAGGCAGUUAAUCAAUCUGUUUGAUUUGACAAAAGUCAUGGAAAUGAGAGAAGAAGAAUUUUCUGACCGUCUUAAUAAUCGGGCUACAUUCACUGGAUGCACUGCAUUGCAUUAUGCCUGCAUUAUCGACGAUGCCGCCUGUGUGGCUGCUUUACUCGACGGUGGUUGCAAUCCAUCCCUUCCGAAUCUUAGCGGACACAAGCCAAUCGACUACGCCAACAGUGAUGCUAUGAAAAAGCUUUUAGAGAGUUACAUUGUCAAGUACGAAGACUCAAUGAAGGAAAAGGCUGCAGAAGAGAGGCGCAAAUAUCCGCUAGAAUUGCGUUUAAAAGAAAAAAUUAUUGGACAAGAGGCGGCCAUCGCCACGGUUGCAUCAGCUAUACGCAGGAAAGAAGGAGGUUGGAUUGAUGAGGAGCAUCCAUUGGUUUUUCUUUUCCUCGGUUCAUCGGGAAUCGGUAAAACGGAGCUUGCCAAACAAGUAGCUACGUAUUUAAAUCCUAAGAAUACAGACGGAUUCAUUCGUUUAGAUAUGUCAGAGUACCAAAACAAACAUGAGGUUGCAAAGUUAAUCGGUUCUCCACCAGGAUAUGUCGGCUAUGAAGAAGGCGGGCAGUUGACAAAAAAACUCAAAAAGUGCCCCGAUGCUGUCGUACUACUGGAUGAAGUAGAUAAGGCGCACCCUGAUGUAUUAACAGUUCUACUCCAGCUGUUCGAUGAAGGAAGAAUAACAGACGGAAGAGGCAAAACAACGAUUUGCAAAGAUGAUUUUAUCAUGACUUCAAACUUGGCUAAUGACGAAAUUGCCGAUCAUGCUUUACGACUGCGCCAUGAAACUGAAAUGGCAGCAAAACGGCGUGUAAACAGCAAUAAAGAAGAAGAAAUUCCUUCCACGACACUUUCCAUAUCUCGAGAAUUUAGUGAUUUCGUUGUUCGUCCGAUACUUAAGCGCCACUUCGGUCGGGAUGAAUUUUUGGGGAGAAUCAAUGAAUUUGUCUUCUUUUUCCCUUUUUCUAGAACUGAACUUCAUCAGCUAGUCCAAAGAGAAUUAGAUUUUUGGGCUAAAAAGGCGAAAGAUCGAUAUGAUGUGGAUGUGUCAUGGGACGGACAAGUGCUGGACGCACUUUGUCUUGGGUACAACGUAGCGUAUGGAGCCCGGAGUAUCAAGUAUGAAGUAGAACGGAAUGUAGUGAGCCUACUCUCCAACUCCCAGCAAUUUUACGGUUUUCCACGCGGUGCUCUGCUUCAGCUCUAUGUUGACUAUGGCGAUGGGACUUCCAGUGAAACAGUGCGCCAACCAGAAAUUCGUUUACGUAUUAAAACAAAAGAUAGUGUUGAAUUUACCGAAUUGACUUCUCCCCGUACGGGACUUGUUGUCUAAAGCAGAUAAUGGGAA